GAAUUCGUCGCUUUUGAUUUGAUUUUUCACCAUGCACUCGGCGGGAAUGCAUUUCAUUUUCGCGGGUUCAUAAAUCCCUUGUAUAUUUAUUUUCUCCAAAUUUUUUUCACCCUCUUAACGUCACUCACUUCAGGUAGCUUCUUCCAUGGCAGCAAAGAAUUACUUUUUGCUUGAAGUAAAUUGACAGCACCAAGUCACGAAUCUAAGUAAAGUUCGAGAAAAUUUGCAACCACACAGUUUAAGCAACAAAGCUAUCUCAGCUUUAUUUUAAAAUGGUGGCGGACAAUGGUAACUCCAACACCUAUGAGGAGGCUCGCAAGCUACGCCUCAAGGAAAACAAAAAGAGAUUCGAGGACUUGGGAAUUUCAAAGAUUUCAAAAAGUCUUUCUAAUCUCACUACCCCUGAAAAGAAAACCAAGCAACACCUUCCAAAACCAAAACCAGCAGCUACUGGGGUGCUUGAACCAAGACGCUCUACUCGAACUCGAAAUGCAGUUACUUCAUAUGGUGAUGAUAUGGACAUUGAUCUUCCACCUCUGCGCAAGAGGUAUAAAUCAAGCUCGUCGUCAUGGGCAAACUACGUUGCAAGGCCAUUGGAUGAAGUUAAACUUGCAUCUUAUGAAGAUCGAACUCGAGCUCUUAAAGCUGCAGAGGAAUUCCAAAAUAGUCUACAAUCUGGAAAUCCAUCUUUUGUCAAAUCAAUGGUUCGGUCUCAUGUUUAUAGCUGUUUUUGGUUGGGGCUACCUACUCAGUUUUGCAAGAAUCAUCUUCCAAAAAAAGACUUGGACAUGAUACUUGAGGAUGAUAAUGGCUCAACAUAUGAUGCUAAAUAUCUUGGCAAUAGGACCGGGCUUAGUGGUGGUUGGAGGGGAUUUGCUUUGGAUCAUAAAUUAGAUGACGGUGAUGCAGUUGUAUUUGAAUUGGUAGAGCCGGACAAGUUUAAGGUUUGCACAUUUAGAGUAUCAUCAUUGCUGUCUGCUCAAACACAUACUGUCAAUGCUGUAGACAAAGAAGAAUCUAUAGCAAAGAAUGCAUCCAAAGGGCGAAAAAAGACUGCUCCACAUUCAGGUAAGACUCGGAAGUCAAACAAAGCUAAGGCAAAUAAGAUUGAUGAUUUAUCAGAUACUAAAAAACCCCAAUCAGAGAACAUAGACUCAACUGAGAAAAAUGGUAUUGUUUCUAAAGAGGAUGAUAAGAACAUAGACUCGAUUGAGGAAAAUGGUUCUGAUGCUGAAGAAGAUUAUACAAAUAUGGACUCGACUGAGAAAAAUUGUUCUGUUGUUCACAACGAUGAUAAGAACAUAGACUUGAUUGAGAAAAAUGGUUUUAUUCCGGAAGAGAGCAGCAGCGAUGAGGAAGAAUCAGUCAGCAGAAAGAAGGUAAUUUCAGUUGACAAAAAGGAUAAAGAAGAAAAACGUUUAUUCAAGCCUAGAAAGAAACGUGCACCAAGAUAUCUUAGGAGGAAUGCAUAAGAGACUUGAGGAGAGAAUUUUACGCUCAGACUUUUUGGUUUUCCCAUUAUUGGCUGACUUUGGGGAAGAAGUUUCUUAUACGAGGGAAGCUUUAAAAGAAAGAAACAUAGAGAUCUGAUGAUAUUCGUAGUUUUUACCUAUAAAAGGGCUGGCUUUUUGCUCGGUUGAUUACUAAAGAAGGCUCUUCUCUUGGUAAGUCUGUUCUGGGCACUCUGUCUUUCCACCUCGUACCUUUAUAUAUGGUAUCCUACUCUUGAUCGAAUGCGACUACACCUAUCCCUACUUUCUUGGGUGCUGGUACUACCUCUUACUUUUGUGGGUAAACUCCUACUUGAUUAGUUAGAAAUGAACUUCUCUG